CGCCGUGGCCGCACCCUCAGAGCCUCAGCCAUGCCCAAGCUCGCACUGUGCCUUUUGUGUGCUCUGGCCACGGUGGCCCAGCCCGCCUCUGCAGCGCCCGUUGGGGGCCUGGAGCUGGCACAACAUGAGGAGCUGACCCUCCUCUUCCACGGGGCCCUGCAGCUGGGUCAGGCCCUCAACGGUGUGUACAGGACCACGGAGGCACGGCUAACAAAGGCUGGGCACAGCCUGGGCCUCUAUAGCCGUGUGCUGGGCCUUCUGGGGCAGGAGGUCAGCCGGGGCCGGGAUGCAGCCCAGGAGCUACGCACAAGCCUGCUGGAGAUGCAGAUGGAGGAGGAUGCUCUGAAGCUGCAAGCAGAGGCCACGGCCCAGGCGCUAGGGGAGGUGGCCCAGGGACAACAGGUGCUGCGGGAGAGCAUGCAGCAGCUGGAAGUCCGGCUGAGGGGCGCUUGGCUGGGCCAUGCCCAGCAAGAAUUUGAGGCCUUAAAGGCCCACGCUGACAAGCAGAGCCACAUCGUGUGGGCGCUCACAGGCCAUGUGCAGCGACAGAGGCGGGAGAUGGCCGCACAGCAGCAUCGGCUACGAAAGAUCCAGGAGAGACUCCAUACAGCGGCGCUCCCAGCCUGAGCCUGCCUGGGUGGAACUGAGGACCAGUCUACACAGAGGGGCGCUGCCAUACCCCACGCGGCCCCUGCACAAAGAGGAGCUGCCUGCCCCCUGGGGUCGGCCAGGGUGCCGGGGCCUGCUUCUGGCCACGGAGGAGAGACGGAAGCAGGCGGGGACACAGACAGAGGACACGGCCCCGUUGAGGAGGGGUGGAGGCAGGACAUGGGACCCUUCAUGCGUACACACCCCUCCAUUAAAGCAGAGUAGUGG